UGAUGCUAGAGUCUGAUCCCUCCACGACCGACGGCUCUACCCCUGGGGCUGCGUGGCAACUUAACACCACACACCAGCAAUCCGGAACCCAGACGUGGUCGUACUCCCGGCCUCCAUCGUCCUAUCGUCAGGACCGGGGAAACAGGAACGGCGGCUUCAGAAAUCCCUACAGGGUUCCACCCAGGAACCCGCCCCAUAGACCACCCCGUGACAAUCAACGCAAUCCGACCUGGACAAACCACGAAGACAACCUGUCUGUUAAGGCGUUAAUCGACACCGGCGCCUCCGUAUCCCUUGUAAGGGCCGAUCAGCUCUCUGACACCUGGGCCGGUCACAUUCGCCCAGCCGCUCGCCCCACUAGCCUCCGCACCGUCACCGGUGCGGGCAUGGUCGUACUCGGUACCGUUACACUUCCACUCGGUUACACCUAUGUUGACGUGGGACAUGAUUCUAGGGCGCCGCCGGCUGUUCGGGCUAGUCCUUGUUCACUUGACACAGAGGCCAUCUGUGCCGCUAUCGAGGCGGCUGUUGCUCUUCGUCCCACGGACAUCGAGUCCGUUUUGCCCAUUGAUCCUGACAUAACAGAGCGAGAUUUGCAGGCCCUUCGUGAUCUACUCACCGAGGCGGCCGACAUUUUCGCGUGGUAA